UGGUUCCACGAAUAAGUCAGAGUGCAAUUCGUUUUUUUUUACAAGUAAAUUGUGGAAUUUUCUUUUUUAUUUUCAUUUAAUUCGAUCGAGCAAUUUAAGUUUAAAAAUAUAAGCGCGUUUGGCUAUUCUAAUGGAAGAACCACGGCGGGUAUUACUCCAAAAAUGUGCCGAUUUACAUUUUUAAAUGUAAUCUGAGCAAACAAAAGUGCAUAAUUGUAAAUUUGAUGGUGGAAAGUGACGUGAAAAUUUCCAUGUAAGCAUAUUGAAAAAGUUUCAGUGCAAAUAAAGUAUUUCUACAAAAAAGUUGUUUUGCCUAAAAGUGCAAAUGCAAAUUUGGCAAUUUUUAUUAUAAUAUGUGUGUUUAGGGCGGAAUUUGUGCGUACAAGUACAAAGUUGAAGUGUGAAUAUAUCGUAAAAAAUUAUGUGGUAGCGGAUGUUUUUGUUAUGUCGUAUGAAUUGCAACGAAUAACAAAAGAAGUCCACAGAAAAUUAAUAGUAAAACCAUUCCUAUCGCCUAUACGGUAGCGUGUACAUACAUAUAAAUAUUUAAUAAUUCAACAUAUAUAGCGGGAAUAGUGAAAAUCAGUGUAUUUUACAUUCUACGCUUCAUUGCGUCAUUCCUGUCUGGCAGUGUUUCUUUGUUUUGCUUUAGUUCCUUACGCGGGUGCGUCUAUGCCUUGUGGAUGCAUGCCUAUAUCUAGUUCAUUGUGUACAUGUGCAUUUCUCGUAUUUCAUUGUGUAUUUCCAUCCGGGCGCUAUUUAACAUUUCCUUUUAAUUUUUUUGUUGGCUGUCAACGUAGCCUCGAGAAAAUUUGUUGCUGCAAUUUGGCCAUCUGUGCAAGUGCAAAACGUACGUCAGUACGCCUGGCCGAAGGACGACGCCUUUUUCAACAAUAAAAAGUCCUUAACAAAUUUGGCCAAGAUAAGGCAUAACGCGAGGAAAAAAAAAUAAGUAAACAGUGUAUGGUGCCAGUGAGUGGUGUGGUCGAAGGAAAAACAAAAUCAAAGAAUAAAUAUAACCAUAAUAGCCGCCAGCAAGCCAUCAACGAAGAUCGCAGUAAAGGCAUAAAAUGGACACAUUUCGAAAGUGGCUGAAUAAACCAAAGGCAGAUGACAAAUCUCUACUAGCACGCUUCUAUCAUGCAGAUCGUUCACUCACAGCCGUCGCCAGCGAAUUGGACAGCUUCGAUGGGCGCGCAGAGCCAGAUCGCUGUUCACGUCUUGUCAGCCGGCUGCGACAGGGACAGGACAAAGUACUCUCCAUUACUAAUUUAAUAAUGGAAGAGCUGCUUGGCGACGAACGUCAUCCGCGUGCGUUUCGUGCGAAAUUUCCCGAAGAAGUGCUGCAGGAAAAUUUGGCCGGUCAGUUAUGGUUCGGCGCCGAGUGCCUUGCUGCCGGCUCAUCGAUAAUGCAUCGCGAACAGGAGAGCAAAGAGAUGCGUCCGUUGGCGCAGGCGGUCACAAAGAGUUUGGGUAAUGUGCGUAGCUUGUUGCGUGAUCAGUGCCUUCGGAAUAAUGUGCCGAAUAGCAAAACACUACAUUUGGAUAUAAACGAUUCCACCACAGAGCAAUUGUAUGAGAGUUUGAAAAUAUUCGAUCGUUUAUUUGCCGAAUUCGAGUUGCGUUAUGUCAGCGCUAUGGUGCAGGUGAAAACAAAGGACGAAUACGAGAUGCAAGAAAUGAUUUGUGUGCUCUUUUCGGAGACUUUGCAUCGUGCGCUCAAAUUGGGUCUCAUCGAUCAGGAUAAAGUGGAUACAUUCGAUCCGGCUUUAAUGUUCUCCAUACCACGUUUGGCAAUUAUAACGGGUUUGGUAGUGUUUCCUAAAGGACCGCUCAAUAUGGAUAUGCCGGCCGAUCAGUUGUCGGAAAUGUUUCGACCAUUUCGCACAAUACUCAUCAAAAUACGCGAUCUACUGCGUGCGUUGAGUAAAAGUGAGCUGCAACAGUUGGAGAAGUUGCUAUGCACCAAUGAGGACAUUCAGUUAACGCUGCCGGUAGGCACCAGCAGCAUCGAAGCGCCGAGUGAGGAUCAACGGAACAAUAACAGCACCACUACCAGCACGAAUGCGUCUAUCACACAAAAUCCUGCCAGUAGCACAACCGAGGAAACGCUUGCCCAUCCUCUGGAACAACGAAACAAUAAUUUAACCGGCACUUCGCCUAACGCUACUACCUGGGAGACGCAACUUCAUACUGCUAACCCCAGCACAAUGAGUCCGAAACAUCCUCCGAGAACUGUUAAAACAGCAGUUGGUGGUGGCGCAGGUGGCAUCGGCACAUCCAACAACGGGAAAAAGUCCCAUUGUAAUUCAUGCAGCCAUCGCUCAAUAUCGUCGGCCUCUAGUGAUAGUUCGGCGCUAUCCACACCCGCCGUUUCGCCGACUCCAUCACAUUCGAUUGCAUCGACAACGUCUGCAGUAUUGAAUAGUUCGACUACCUCACCGGCAGACUGGACCGAUGACGACGACGAUGAUGAGAUGGAUGGGGAUGAAGAUGAUGAGCGCGAUGAAGAAGAAGACGACGUUGAUGUCGAUGAUGACGAUGAUGAUAUGCUGGUUAAUGGGGGUGAAGCUGACGAAACCGACGAUGACGAAGUUGUGAUCGGUGAUUGUGAGAACGAAGACAUGGUAUCUGCCGACUGUGCUACCGGCUAUCUUAUUCCAAAUACAAAUUUCGGCAACUUGCUGCAGCCACAAGAAGUUCCUUUGACGGGCAAUUUCAUAGCCAGUGAAGAUGAUGCUUCCAGCAAUGCCAAUGUGGAGCUGGAAGAAGACCAACCAAACUACGCAGAUGUUCCCACCACAAGUGCAGCAUUAAGACGUCUACGUCUAAGCAGUCAAACUGAACAAAUCUCCAUUGAGAGUGACGAUAAAGCGACAAUAAUUGCCGCUGCAACAACAACAACCACAACACCCUCACCAAAGUCAUCGUCAGGUUCACAAGGAAGCAGCGAUAAUCUGACCAGUCCCAAUGGAAGUGAUCAAAUGUCUGCCUGUAGUUGUGAGCCUGCAAGUUCAACUUCAUCGUCGUCCACACAAAGCAACAAUAGUGCGCCGAGCGGGAAACAGACAACACAGCGUCAUUGCAACAACCACCAUCAUCAUCAUCAUCAUCAUAAUGAGCACAGUAGCUGCACGCCUACGCAACCACACAGCGCGCACAGUCAUCAGAGCCCGCCAAGUCGUCAUUAUCCUUACCAUCAACACAACCAUCAUCACCACCAUCACCAUCAUCAUCAUCACCAUCGGCAUAAUCGUAGCCGCAAUGAACAAGCAACGAAGGCGAAAAACGGCACUGCUGAGGAAAGUGUUAGCAGUGACGCCAAUUCGGCGCAGCUCGCGAGUUCAAGUGAUGUCAAAGAGGUCACGAAGUCGAAAAUGACCGCCAGUCAAAGCAACACCUCGAGCGUAGAUAGCAGUAGCGCAUCUUCGUUGUCGGAAGUUGUUGCGCAUCCGCUGCAAGCGCCCAGUGAAGUCAGCCAGGCAAUAAAAGUGGCUACACGCAAACGUUUCAAUAUCGAAAAUCUAUUGCAUCGUCUCUUCGUAUGCAUAGCCGGCGUGGCUGAUCAGCUGCAGACCAAUUUCGCCGCCGAUUUGCGCCAAAUUUUGCGCAGCGUAUUCCUCAUGAAUAUGUCGCCGGCGCAAGAGGAUUUGGAUAUACCCGAAAAACCAAAGGAAUCGGAAUUAUUUGAAUUCCGCGCGUCCGAACAAGAUGUGAUACAGGAGAAUGCCGGCUCCAAUCAGAGCAUUUAUUCAGCCGAAGAAGUUAAUCCCGAGCUGGACAGUGUAUUCCACAAUAAUGGCGGUGGUAGUGGCGGCGGCAGCGGUUCAGGCAGUGGCAACAACAGCAGCAGCAGUGUCGGCGGCUGUAGCAACAGCAACAAUCGGCAUUCCCUCGGCGGCGCCAUACAGCGUGGCAAUACUAUAGACGUGGCUGAGUCGAACGCAGCGCCGUCUAGUGUAACAGCCGGUCGCGUGCAUGUUUGUCGCAGUCGUAGUUUAGGUGAUCAGGAUCAUAGUGAUAUUGGCGCGACGCCUGCCUCAUCCUCUGCCGCUGCGAGGGUUGGUAGUCAGAACAGCCGCUUAAGCGCCUACAUAAGCGGCCAACGGCAGCGACGAAAUCGUAACGACUCGGUGGGCAGCACAUCGCCCAUAUCAUCGUCGUCGUCCUCAUCAUCUGCCUCGUCCGAAAAUAACUCGCCAAUUAGCCAGCGCACAUCAAUGCCGCACACCGCCAACAGUCACAACCACCACAAUAACAAUGUUAACAACAACAACAAUAAUAAUAACAAUACACCAGCCAGCAGAGCAUCACCACCGUCUAGCGCGCUCAUAGCACCGAACGCAUACGCGGUCGCCGCUGCCACCGUAGCCGCCUCCAACGCGAUGCGCAACGCCAAUGUGAAUGCACGCAUUUCGCCGCCCGCCUGGGUGCCGGACGAUAAGGCGCCACGCUGCAUGAGCUGUCGCACACAGUUCACCGCAUUCCGUCGGCGUCACCACUGUCGCAACUGCGGCGGCGUAUUCUGCGGUGUCUGCUCCAAUGCAACGGCACCAUUGCCCAAAUAUGGACUGACAAAGGCGGUGCGCGUUUGCCGCGAUUGUUACGUGAGCGAGAUGCGCGCGAGCGCUAGCCCGACGGGCAGCAGCGCCGCACGCUCGCCGCCCAUAUCACCGCGUUCCAACGCGUCGGCGGCAACUGCUGGCGGUUCGUAGAAACACGACUUUGUAGUGCUGGAUUUGGCCGGCGUGUAGUUACCAGGACACUGUUGGAGAAAUGUGUAAGCAUGGCGCGCACUUCUGCUGCUGCUGCUGAUCAGUUGCCACAUACAUUUGUGCAGCAUUUUACACUAUAUACGUAUUUCCAUUUUUUGUUUUAUUUUUACUUAGCGAUUAGUUACACAAUGCGAAUGUGUAAAGUAUGAAUUGUAUUGGUCCUUAAGUUGACAAUUACAACUGUGUGUUUGUUGUAAGCCUGAAAUCUUUUUAUUUGUAUUUUUUUAAUUUUCGAGCUAAUCAGCCUUAAAAAAGUCCUUCAAAACUUUGUUUUUAGUAAUUCGUAACAUUGGCUUUGUGGCGUUUGCAUUGGGGAGCGCGAUUCUCUGUGAUUACCUACAUGUACCGUUAUUUGAAAUGCUGCGUGGUGUUGAAAUCAAGCUUAUUUUUCACAGAAGCUGUUUGUCUCACAUUGUUUUUAUUGUAUUUCUAUGUGGAUUUAUAUUUUUACUAUCGAAAGUUCUCUUUCCUUUUUAAAUUUUCUCCUUUGCACUCUGAUUUGUGGUUUAAGAGUGUCCUACUACUCAAAAAACUAUGACAGCUGUCAUUACGUAACAUAUUGUCAUUAUAUUUAUGUGUCUAGCAUAUUGUAGAUCGAAGCCUGUUAAAAACAAGCUAAAAUAAAACAAAAAAGAAAAAACAUAUCCACAAUUUAUAAAAUGAGAAGAUCAAGCUGAGAAUAUAAUUUCUUAAACUUUUUUGUUAUUUUAGUCGGCUCAAAUUUUAUGUUAUUUUCAUAAAAGAUUUUUAAA